AUGGAUUCUGAUAGAGCUUUUAAAAACCCUUUCCCUGAUUAUUCUGGCACCCCGCUGCUUGGUGAUGAUAAUAAGUUGAAUAAGACAUGCCAAAGCAGUCUUGUGUCAGUUGCCCACAGACUUCUUGGCAUUAUCCAAGAGAAUUUUGUUCCUGAUAGCAAGGACUAUUCCAUCUACACUGGAUCAUCAGGACAAGCAUUUCUACAUCUUCACUUACAUAACAAGCUUCCUGGAGUACGGGAUGACAGCCAUUUGAAAGUGGCUCUGUCCUGGCUGGACCCAUGUUUAUCCAGGCUAAAAGGUUCCCGAGUCUCCUUUCUGUGUGGAGACGCAGGUCCUCUGGCACUAGCUGCUGUCGUUUAUUUCAAAUUGAAUGACAAAAAGCUUUGCAAGUAUUACACUGAAAAGGUUGAAUCCUUAUGGGAAGCAGCACGCCAUGACAGGGAGAUACCAGAUGAAAUUUUGUUUGGUCGAUGUGGCUACCUGUCUGCACUUUUAUUUCUCAAACACAAUAUUAGCCAGGAUUGUGUGCGUUCUGAAAUUAUACAAGAGGUUGUAGAGGCAGUUCUGAAAUCUGGGGAGAACUUGGCAAGAAAAACAAAGAGCUCCAUCCCUCUCAUGUAUCAGUGGCAUGACAAGACAUAUCUAGGAGCAGCUCAUGGACUGGCAGGAAUUUUCUAUAUGCUUCUUCAGAUUAAGGAGCCAGCUUUACAGGCAAGAAUUCACCAUUUGGUUCGACCAUGCAUUGAUUACAUGCUGACUUUAAGAUUUGCAUCAGGAAACUGCCCAUCAUCACUAGGUAGUGAAAGUGGUGAUAAGCUGGUUCACUGGUGCCAUGGAGCUCCUGGUUGGGUUCAUAUGUUUGCUCUUGCUUACAAGGUUUUCAAGGACAAACAAUAUCUAGAAGCUGCAAAAGAUUGUGUAGAAGUUGUGUGGAAAAGAGGUCUACUCCGCAAAGGCUAUGGGAUUUGUCAUGGCCCUGCAGGAAAUGCUUACACUUUCUUAGCUGUUUUUAAGCUGACUGGUGACCAGAAAUACCUUUAUUAUGCAUAUAAAUUUGCUGAAUGGUGCUGUGAUUAUGGAAAACAUGGCUGCCGGACACCAGACAGGCCAUACUCGAUGUUUGAAGGAAUGGCUGGCACAGUUUAUUUUCUGGUGGACCUGUUGGAUCCAAAAAACUCAGCAUUUCCAGCAUUUGAAUUCCAGACCUGA